GAAACACCAGCACAAACAACACUCAUACUGCUCACUCAGCUGCCUGGUCGCGACUUGCAACAGAGUCUGCCUUAUGCCAGGGAUCCAGGCUCCAGGAUUUCUCUCACCUCACAACUGGAACGUCAUUACCAAUCGUGUUCCCUGCGAGCUGAAGAGUUGACACAGGAGGCGGCAGGUCAAGCUUGUUGCACACAUGGUUUGUACGCAAACGCAGCCUUCAACAACAACAGCCCGGCUAGCUCAAUCGGCAGAGCGUGAGACUCUUAAUCUCAAGGUUGCGGGUUCAACCCCCGCGUUGGGCUUUCUCUUUUGCUUUUUGCCUGUCGCACAUUGCCAUUGUACUGCGCAAUUUGCGCGUAGAUUUUUUUCUAUCUUGUGUGGUUCGCGGACGGCGCGGAAGCUCCACCCGGGAUCCACUUCUUGCAAUCAAGCGAAUGGCCGCUCCCAAGUGUAGUCAGAGUAGUAGACGAAAAGGCCAAUCACUAAAUACAGCCUGUGGUAUGCCCACCUCAUAUGUUG